CGACACGCAGGCGGAGAACGGCGGACGGUCUCAGUCUUGCCGAACGUUCGCGAGAGUUCAAACGUACACAGUAACCCGUGCUCACAGUCUCGAAAAUGGCAAGAAGUGGUGUCACCGCGUUGAGUCUGGUCUGCAUGCUGGCCCUUCUGGAAUUCGGGUCAUGCUUGAGGUGCUACCAGUGUGUCUCGGAGAACACCAGGGACUGCGCGGCAGCUACGCCCCCGAAAAAUUUGUUAGUGGACUGCGCCACGCAAGACUCUGUGAACUUCAACAGGCUGUACUUAGGCGGCAUUCUGCCCCGUGACAUCGACGAUGGCGUGCUCGGAGCAUCCCGCUUCUGCCACAAGAUCGUCAUGAAGAACGGCGCCGUCGCCAGGACGUGCCUCGUCGGAGACGCUCACAACUUGAACCUCAGCUGCACCCUCAUAGAGGGUGCCGCCCGCAUCUUCACCGACCCCGCCAAGCAGGUCCAGCACUGCAGCGCGUGCGACAAGGACGAGUGCAACUCCGCCGGCGCCAUCGCCGUCUCGCUCCCACUCGCCUUCCUCGGCCUCGUGCUCUCGUACUUUGUUUCCCAGCAAUAAUAAAAAUAAUAAACAAAAUAGCAAACAAUGAUGGCUUCAGGUCCUAGCUAACACCCUACGCUCACGCGCUCCUGCUAUUGCAUUUGAGGGUGCCAACAUUUCUGUAUGUCAGACUUAAUAAAAAAAGAUUCAAAGAUUAUGAUUUGAUCAUAGUACCUACCUAUAAUAAGAAAUUUUAAAAUGAGAUGACGGUUGUAAAGAUGGAAUGACAAUUUAUACGUAUUGUUUUAUUCUGAAAGAGAUGUUUAUUUCAUCGUUGAAACCUAAACGAGUGUCUUAAAAGUUAUAAAUUAGUAAGAAAUGCUCUAGUUUGCUUCACAAUUUUUAUUUUAUUUUAUUACACAACACAACCCAAGCAAGAGCUUAAGAUAUGAAGUCUGAUACUACAGUAAAACAACAUUUACAAGACAAGACUUAAAGUGAAAACAUAAGGCCUUAGUAAAGGACUGUUCAUUAUCAUUGUUGUUUAUUUUGCAAUGUUAUACGUAGUUUUAACAUCAUUUGUAGUUAUAGGAUAUACGCAUUCAUAAGAAUUACUUAUGUAAAGCAUAGGUAAGAUAUAGGGAAAACAUAUAAAUAUAUUACUUACGUGACAUCGUUACUGAAAGAUAUCGAUUGUUUGCUUAGUGUCUAUGUACCUGGUACCUGUAACAACCAUUUGAAUCUCAUACUUAUCAUCACACCCACAAUCAAUACGUGUAUCAUAUAAGUAUUUUGAAAUUAAAUGUAACCUGUUAAAAGAGUUUUAUUAAUUCAAUUUUAAAAUAAUAUUGAGUAAAAACCAAACCCAUUUUUGUAUCCGUAUUUAUUUCAAAUUUUAAUAUGUAAUUACACAUUUUUGAAGCAUUUCUUAUGUUUUAGGCAUGGCCGUCCUUGUAAGUUAAUUUUAAUAAAAGUUAAAAAUAAA